AUGAAGGAAGAAGGACAGACAGCCCACAGCCUCGAGUGGUGGGUGAGGCAGGCGCUCACGGGAGGGCAGGUGGGCAGCCACCAGGUGGCCCACGCCUACUUGACCCUCCAGCUCGCCCAGGACGACCGCAUCAUCGGAGGUAGCGCCGAGAGCCUGGGCCGCCUCAUCGUGACUGCCCUCCACCAUCACUACCAUCACAACCACAACGAUGAUGAGGAGAAGGAGAAGGAGGAAGAAGCAAUGCUGAACGAUCGUCUGGAGGAAGACGAGAUGGUAGGAGCGCUGGCGCGCUUGCUCCGCUUCUGCUCCUUUGCGGCAGAGGACAGUAGCGAAGGAGUGCUGCCAGCUGUCUGUGCACUUCUCACCAGCCGGCGGGCUGUGGCGGAGGUGAAGGUGGCCCUGCUGGAGAAGUUCCCGGCCAGCGUGCACCUGGGCGACGUCCCCACGGCGCUCCUACUCGCGCCCGAAACCGACCACAAGACGCGCGCGUGCGCGGCCCUCCGCCUCCACCUCGAACUCCUCCACGGCCUGGAGGAGGAGCGUGACCGGGUUCGAUUGUGCGGGCUCGUGGAGGAGAUGUGGCGGGACCUUGAUGCGUGCACCCGCGAAGCGGGCCUUUUGGCACGGACGGCGCUUGCGCUGCUAGCACUGGAGUACCUCGAGCAGCCGCCCGAGUCGGCCAUCGAACACGCGGCCGUGGUGCUGGCCGACGAGGCGCCCAUCUCCGCCGCAUGGGCUGCCUUCCCAGGCGGAGAGUCGAUGUGGGCCAUGUCUCGAAUGACGACGAUCGAGCAGAAGGCCCCCAUCACGUCGCUGGUGGGUGUAGAGGUAUUCCGCGAGCUCGCUCGACAGCAGCCGGAGCUGUCGGCCGCCCUGGCCUGGGCCGGACCCAUCAGCGUCGCCCACAGCCAGCCGCAUCCAGCAGCCACCAGGCGCACCCAACACAAAGAGCCCGCACUUCGCCUCCGUCGGCUCCGCUUUGCACCCAAAUUCGCGUUGGAAAUGGCGUGUGGCAAGAGGUCCGCUGAGUGGAUUCAUGAGAACAUCGUCACACGCCUGUUGGACCACCACCUCCCCACUGCGCACCGGCGGCUAGAAGCCCUUGAUGGGCAAGCUCGACAACAACUGUCCACGCGUUACGACCUCGCCUGCAGCAUUGCGGAGCUGUUCGACCCGCUGCGGCUGCCUGACUUGUGCUUGAUCACCGGCUGCGAGCUGCUCGACCCGGCGAUCGCCGGUCGCCUUCGGUGGCUGGCCGAGUGCACAGAGCCGCACGUCGAGUGGCUGUGGGUGCAGCUCGAGCACUUCCAGUACUGGCACCUGGCCAAGGUGUUGCGCACGAGGGCCGACCUGCGCCAGUUCCUGGAUGCACCGCCACCUCCGCGCGCCGACCUUGCAGGACUCCAGGAUGAGGACUGGAUCAACCUCGAUGUCGAUGUGGCGGGCGUCUGCAGCGGAGCCAUGCCAGCCGCCACCAAAUGGGCACUCCACCUGCUCGACCAACCGAGCGUGUCUCGCAAGAUCGACAUCGUCGAGAUGCUGCUCGACGUUGUAUUGUCGGAGGUGGAGAAGAGCUUGGAAGUGGGCAGUCGCCUCACCGAGGGCGAUGGGGAUGAAGACCACAGACACAGCUCCAUCAUCAUCUUCUUCGAUCAGGUGUUGUGGCGGGUCGCGGGCGCCGACCACGAGUCCCUCCGGCUCCGUAUCAUCACUCUUCUCGCCGCCUACCCCUCCAGGUGGGAGGUGAGCAUGCCACCCCUGACUCAGCUGGUCCACGACGUCGCCCAAACGAUGCCUGUCCGCGCGGCGGCCCUCGCCGCCCUCUCUUUCGUCGCGCCCGUGAUGUGCUCCGUGGCAGAUGGGAUGACGCCGCUCACCGGUCUCAGUCCCGCCGCCGACUUGGACCCUCGCCUGGGCUCGUCGUACUGGCCCGAGCCCGCGCGUCAGCUCGUCGCGCUCCUACACUCAUUCCUGCCUACGCCCGCUGGUACGGCCGCUCCGUUCGCUAUGGUGGUGGUGAUGGUGAUGGUGGUGAUGACGGUUACGGUGUGA